UGUUAAAAUGCCAACGUAAUAUUCAUUCUGUUUCAUUAUGGUGUUACUUUUUAAUUUUAUAGAAUUAACACUGAAUCCUCCGGAAGGAAUUGUGGCAGGCCCCAUGAAUGAAGAGAAUUUUUUUGAAUGGGAGGCAUUGAUCAUGGGCCCAGAAGACACUUGCUUUGAGUUUGGUGUUUUUCCUGCCAUCCUGAGUUUCCCGCUUGAUUACCCAUUAAGUCCCCCAAAGAUGAGAUUUACCUGUGAGAUGUUUCAUCCCAACAUCUAUCCUGAUGGGAGAGUCUGCAUUUCCAUCCUCCAUGCUCCGGGCGACGACCCCAUGGGCUACGAGAGCAGUGCCGAGAGGUGGAGCCCCGUGCAGAGCGUGGAGAAGAUCCUCCUGUCGGUGGUGAGCAUGCUGGCAGAGCCCAACGACGAAAGUGGAGCUAACGUGGAUGCUUCCAAAAUGUGGCGGGAUGACCGAGAGCAGUUUUACAAGAUCGCCAAGCAGAUCGUGCAGAAGUCUCUGGGGCUCUAAGGCCUUGCCCGUGUGUGUGCACACGCACCACCAGGCAGUCUCCAGUGUUUCUCUUCCAGGACACUGAGCGACAGUGACACUCUGUGCUGGUACCAAAAAAGGAAAGCUUGUAGAACUGCAGCUCUGGUCUUCUUUUCCACCCCUCCCACCCCAAACGGGCUUCUCUUCUGAAAUUACAAUUCAUAUAGGAUAAUGACAGUUGGAUGCAGCUUUAGAGUGUUCCAGCAAGGUGGUUCAGGUAGAUUGUCAAAGCUGUCACCACUACCUCUCCUAGCUGAAGCGCCUGCGAACCCUAGUAGCUUCCCUUCCCUCCUGAGUGCUGAGGGGGUCUGUGCUGGCCUCAGGACUGGAGCCAAGGCAAAGGGCAGGGCUGGGCGUCUGUGGUCCCUCUGGCUCCUGUGUGCCCCAUGAGCAGUGCGCAGCUGUUUCAAUGUGUUGUAUUUUACAAGCAGGUGUUUUUGUUACCUAGUUACAUCUUCUUCAUUUGUUGUGAAUUCAAACUAUCACACUUAGUAAUACUUUGAGGAAAUAAAUACUUUUUAAAAUGUGGAUGACUGAACAUUGGGGCACAUGGAGAAGCUCACUGCUACCACACAGACCAUUGAUCUUUUCUGAUCACAUUUAUCAAAGAUGACAGUCAUGUCUCAGUUACUAAUACAGGAAAAUAUGAGGCUGAAAGUUUUAGUCACAGUUUCUUCUGGAUCUAUAGGAGUUUAUCUUUUCCAGUCUCAAAACCAGGGAGUUCUAGGCUUUUGCACAUUGUGAUUGCAGCAGGAACUUUGACUUAUUGGGACAAAAUUAUUCUUUGCAACUUGGAAGGGAUCUUUUGUUAGCGCAGAGCAGAGGCGUGCCUUAUCUCCAAACUUGACCUGCGCUCACUUGUGGAAGUGUGGCACGCGGGGUCCUGGGCCCCAGUGGA